CGACGUAGGCGUCGCCCGCGUACGCGUUUUUCUCCAUCUUUGAGCGUUUGCUGGCCUUGCGGAAAUGGUGACGUAAUAGGUUUUUUUUUUUUCCCCCUCCUCCCAGCCCCCACGGUGCUUGGGUUUCUGGCUGUGAGUCAGGUUUCUGGAAAUCUUUGUGGAAAGUUAAUGAAUGCUAUAAACCUGGAGAAAAAUCUUUAAAAUAUAUUAUCAGAAGAAACGAAUUUGUAAAAAUAAAACUGGACACAUUCAGAUUCUUAAUGGUGUGCCAAACCAAAUGUCAACUGGAGCUCGACCAAAAACUAAAGUACUUUCUGACAGACAAAGCAAAGAAGGAGCUGAAAUUGAGGCAAAGGAAGCAUGUGACUGGCUCCGUGCUGCUGGGUUCCCACAAUAUGCUCAGUUAUAUGAAGACUCACAGUUUCCCAUCAACAUUGUGGCUGUCAAGAAUGAUCAUGAUUUUCUUGAAAAGGACCUUGUAGAACCUCUUUGCAGACGAUUAAAUACAUUGAAUAAGUGUGCCUCAAUGAAACUUGAUGUGAACUUCCAAAGGAAAAAGGGUGACGACUCAGAUGAGGAAGAUCUUUGCAUCAGCAACAAAUGGACUUUUCAAAGAACCAGCCGCAGGUGGUCUCGCGUGGACGAGCUCCACACGCUGUUUCCCGGAGGAGACAGAAAUGGAUCCCCGGGAGGCACUAGGAUGAGAAACACGACCAGCAGUGAGAGUGUUCUCACAGACCUGAGUGAGCCUGAGGUCUGCUCCAUCCAUAGUGAGAGCAGCGGAGGCAGUGAGGGCCGCAGCCUGGCAGGCCAGUACUGUACAGACAGCCCGGCCAUGCUGGAUGCCCCACUGGUCUGCAGCAGUCUCCCUCAGUCCCCCCGAGACAUGCUCAACCACCCUUUCCACCCCAAGAAUGAGAAACCCACCAGGACCAGAGCCAAAUCAUUUAUGAAACGUAUGGAAACGCUCCGAGUGAAAGGAGUGCAUGGAAGGCACAAGGGGUCAGGGCGGACAGGUGGCCUGAUGAUCAGUGGGCCUGUGCUGCAGCAGGAGCCAGAGUCUUUUAAGGCUAUGCAGUGCAUCCAAAUACCAAAUGGAGAUCUUCAAAACUCACCUCCUGCUGCCUGCAAAAAAGGCUUCCCAUGCUCCAGCAAAUCCAGCGGCGAGAGCAGCCCAUCUGAAAACAGUAGCAGCGGGGUGAGCACGCCCUGCCUGAAGGAACGGAAAUGCCACAAGGCGCACAAGCGAGGUGGCAUGUACUUAGAGGACCUGGAUGUGCUGGCAGGCACAGCACUGCAAGAUGCCGGGGACCAACACCACACACAUGAGUUUCACUCCCAAGAGAACUUGGUGGUGCAUAUUCCCAAGGAUCACAAACCAGGAACGUUUCCCAAGGCACUUUCUAUCGAAAGCCUCUCGCCCACUGACAACAGCAAUGGGGUCAACUGGAGGACUGGUAGUAUCUCCCUGGGCAGACAGCAGGGUCCCUGUGCAAGGGAGCCUAGGCUCAUGGCAUCCUGCCACAGAGCAAGCCGAGUCAGUAUCUAUGACAACGUCCCGGGGUCCCAUUUGUACGCCAGCACAGGAGAUCUUUUGGACUUGGGGAAAGACGACUUGUUGCCUCACUUGGAUGACAUUCUGCAGCAUGUCAAUGGGCUACGAGAGGUAGUAGAUGACUGGUCGAAAAAUGUCUUGCCUGAACUUCAAACUCAUGAUGCAUUGGCAGGGGAACCUGGUUUACCCACCUUUUCAUCUCCUAAUCAGAUAGCCUUAGAUUUUGAAGGUAACUCUGUUUCGGAAGGUCGGACAACACCCAGUGAUAUGGAAAGAGAUGGGACAUCACUUAAUGAAUCUGAGGCCCCAGGUGUCAGAGAAAGGAGGGAUUCUGGAGUAGGGGCCUCUCUGACCCGGCCAAACAGGCGACUCCGGUGGAACAGUUUCCAGCUGUCACACCAGCCUCAGCCAUCACCGGCGUCACCUCACAUCAGCAACCAGACAGCGGGCCAGCUGAACCUGCUCCAGCGCCUCUCCCUGCUUCGCCUCACAGCCAUCAUGGAGAAGUACUCCAUGUCCAACAAGCAUGGCUGGACGUGCCUCUCCCCACGGUGUGCCCCAUGGGGCUUGCAUGACCUGGUUUCUGUGAAUUCUAGGUCAGUUCCAAAGUUCAUGAAGAGGAUGAAAGUUCCUGAUUACAAAGACAAGGCUGUCUUUGGUGUUCCUCUUAUAGUCCACGUCCAGAGAACAGGACAGCCCCUGCCUCAGAGCAUUCAGCAAGCACUGAGAUAUCUACGUAGCAACUGCCUUGAUCAGGUCGGUCUUUUUCGCAAGUCAGGAGUGAAGUCUCGAAUCCACGCCCUUCGUCAAAUGAAUGAGAACUUCCCUGAGAAUGUCAGCUAUGAAGACCAGUCUGCUUAUGAUGUGGCAGAUAUGGUGAAACAGUUCUUCCGAGACCUGCCUGAGCCUCUUUUCACCAACAAGCUCAGUGAGACCUUCCUCCACAUCUAUCAGUAUGUCCCCAAAGAGCAGCGGCUGCAGGCUGUGCAGGCUGCCAUCCUGCUACUGGCUGAUGAGAACAGGGAGGUCCUGCAGACACUCUUGUGCUUUCUGAAUGAUGUUGUCAAUGUAGUGGAAGAGAAUCAGAUGACACCCAUGAACUUGGCUGUGUGUCUGGCCCCUUCGCUUUUUCAUCUUAACUUACUGAAGAAAGAAAGUUCUCCAAGAGUCAUACAGAAGAAAUAUGCCACUGGGAAGCCAGAUCAAAAGGACCUCAACGAGAAUCUGGCUGCUGCUCAGGGGCUUGCCCACAUGAUCAUGGAAUGCAACAGACUUUUUGAGGUUCCACAUGAGAUGGUGACCCAGUCUCCUAACUCAUAUGUAGAGGCUGAGAUCCAUGCACCAACUCUGGAAGACUUGGGGACACAGCUGGAAGACAGUGGGGCCACUUUCCAUACCUACCUGGAGCAUCUUGUCCAGGGCCUCCAGAAAGAAGCCAAGGAGAAGUUCAAAGGAUGGGUCACGUGCUCCAGCACUGACAACACAGACCUUGCUUUCAAAAAGGUGGGAGACGGGAACCCCCUGAAGCUAUGGAAGGCUUCCGUAGAAGUAGAGGCACCUCCUUCGGUGGUGCUGAA